AUGACCAUCAUGAGACCGGGCUCUGAAGACGCACCCCGGCUGGACCUGGGCAAGAAGGUGAGCACGCCACAGGACCUGAUGAUCGAGGAACUCUCCCUGCGGAACAAUCGUGGCUCCCAGCUCUUCCAGCAGCGCCAGAGGCGGAUGCAGCGCUUCGUCUUUGAGCAUCCCAGUGGCAUCAGGGAGCUCCCAGGGACAGGGAUGGGUGGCUCCCACCACACCAAGAAAGGCGACGCGGAGGGAACGGCAAACGAAUGGACGGCAGGGGAGGACGCCGGGGACCAGCAGAACUAUCACUCCGAGCUCCAUGUGGCAGCAUCGCCCCAGGGUGGCCCCCCCGAAGUGCCCAAGAAGACAGAGAAAGUCUUGCAGAUGAGCAAAGUCCUCAACCCUGACGCUCUGGCCCCGGGGUACUCGCGUCCCCUCAAAGAAAUCCCCCCCGAGAAGUUCAAUAUCACCGCCAUCCCCAAGGGCUACCGAUCCCCGUGGCAUGAGCUCCUCAGUGACAAGGACAAUGCUCUGCACGUCGGGAACCAGCUGCCCAUGAGACCCUCUCCGUGGGACUUCAGGAGCUUCAACAGGACUCCCACCCCAUUUGACAGAGCACUGGUCAUCGACCCGUUCUCUGGGCCUGCCAUGGAGCUGGACAACCUCAGCGCUCUGGAGGUGAUUUCCCACAGGCGCAACUUCAACAGAGUGCCGCAAGGUUGGGUGCGGAUUCUGCCGGAGAGCGACGAGCUGUAG